AUGGAACCAUUGACGACGUUUUCUCCUGUUAAUUCAUCUGAUUUUUUAACUAGAUCCUUUUCGCAUUAUCCAACUGUAAUCCUACCCCAAUACGAAUUUGAAACUUUUGAUAAGAAUUCAGAUGAUGUAAGCUUUCCAUCACCUAAUAAAGUAACAACAAAAAUUGUUAAUAAUGGUGGUGGGUAUUCACCAUCCCAUGAAUCUUCAAAUAUUCAUGGUGUUAGUGAAGGAUUAACCGGAUGCGAUUGCAUACCUUUAAGUCAUUGCAAUGCCAAACCUACUUAUGGUGGUAUAACAACAAGAAUUGUAACAAAGCCUCCACCAGAAACAAUUUGUGCUUAUGGAUUGAUUUAUUGUUGUGCUGUCAUACCAACACAUAGUAAAACAGGAUGUGGAGUUUCCAGUCCAUAUACAGGAGUCACAAUUUCAGAAGGACAAGCAUAUCCAGGUCAAUAUCCAUGGUCAGCAAUAGUUCUCACCAAUAGUAAUCACUAUGUUGGUGGAGGAGUUCUUAUAAGUUCAAAUCACAUACUGACAGUUGCUCACAGAGUUGUGAAAUAUGAGCAUGGUGAGAAUCUUAAAGUCCGUUUAGGUGAAUGGGAUCUCUCUGAAAGGCACGAACCUUUUGAAUAUUUGGACGUCCAUGUGUCUAAAGUCGUUAAUCAUCCACAUUUUGAUCCGCAUUCCCUGAAAAAUGAUAUUUCAAUAAUAACAUUGGCAACAACUGUACCCAUCCUAACCAAACCUUAUACACAUGUCAAUACUAUUUGCUUACCUCCUCCAUCAAUGAUAUUUUAUGGAUCAAGAUGUAAAACAGCUGGUUGGGGAAAAGAUCAAUUUCAUGGUAAUUAUCAAACCAUUAUAAAAGAAGUUGAAGUUCCAGUUUUGUCAAGUUAUGAUUGUCAAUCAAAAUUAAGAAAGACAAAGCUGGGUAAUUCAUUUACACUUGAUAGUGAUAGCUUUAUAUGUGCUGGAGGGGAAGCUGGAAAAGAUGCUUGCACGGGAGAUGGAGGUAACGCUUUGGCAUGUAUGAUUAACGGAAAAUACUAUUUGACUGGUUUAACGGCUGGAGGAAUAGAAUGUGGAAAUGAGAAUGUUCCAGGCCUUUACGUUAACGUUGUUAAUUACAUAGGUUGGAUUCAUGUCACAAUUAAAGAAUCCGAACAUAUAGAUCCAAGAACUCGUUAA